AUGUCGUCUUUUUUCACCAUUCCUGGGUCCCAAAAGAAGAGGAAGCGGACCUCUGUCCCAGAAGCACCAAAGAAAAGAGUUGCCGGUGCCAAAACAUCCACAUCCAAAGCGGCCUCGAGACCAAAUGGUGCCACCAAGCGAAGAGUCGAACGAGACGAGUCAAUCUCUGGUAGCGACUCUGACGAUGACGAAAAUUACGACAGCCCCUCAGACGCAGGCGACGAUGAAGACGUAGAGGAUCGCCAGAGUUCAGACGAAGAAGGCGAAACCGCAGCCGAGAAACGACUUCGCCUAGCUGAGCGGUAUCUGGAGAAUGUCAAGGAGCACGUGGACGAAGCUGGCUUCGAUGCAGCCGACAUUGACCGCGAUUUGAUCGCCGAACGGCUACAGGAAGAUGUUGCUGAGACGAAAGGCAGGGUAUACCGGCAACUAGCCGCGCAAUUGGCAUUCAACAAGGCGUCGCAAACUUUUUUCCGCUCCAAUACCAACUCUGUUACAUCCAUCGCCGCAUGCUCCCCGUUUGUAUACACUGCGACAAAAGACCUGGUUCUACACAAAUGGAGGAUACAGGAUUUACCCCAGGACCAAUUCCCUCAAACAACCAAACGAAAACCCAAGAAGCCUCCUGCACCACCAAGAAAACGGCCCCAACUGGUGGCGUGGAUCAAGGGCAGGAAGAGCAAAAGCAAGGACAGAAAUUACAAGAGGCACACUGGGCAAAUCUUGGCGGUUGCAGCAUCUCCCGAUGGCAAAUAUGUUGUGACGGGUGGCGAGGACAAGAAGUUGAUUAUCUACGAGGCUGACACCCUUACGCCAAUAAAAGUCAUGACACACCAUCGAGAUGCUGUUACAGGGCUGGCGUUCCGCCGAGGUACCAACCAACUUUAUUCAUCGUCAAGAGACAGGACUGUAAAGGUAUGGAGCCUGGAUGAACUGGCCUACAUUGAGACGUUGUUUGGUCACCAAGACCACGUCGUCGACAUUGACGCCCUUGCGCAAGAGCGCUGCGUCUCCGUUGGCGCACGAGAUCGGACGGCCCGGCUAUGGAAAGUCAUGGAGGAGACGCAACUCGUUUUCCGUGGUGGAGCGGUCGACAGGAAGAACAUUCCACAAGGGGUCGAUCCCCGGUCACUUCUCCACGAAGGAAGCAUGGACCGCAUUUCCAUGAUCGACGACGACCUCUUUGUCACCGGAAGCGAUAACGGGGCAAUUGCCCUUUGGAGUGUCACCAAGAAGAAGCCAGUUUAUAUCCAGCCACUUGCACAUGGCCUUGAUCCCGCCCUAGAUCCUCUGGCCGCCUCCGCAGAGGCCAAUCCCGACGCGAAAAAGGUUGUUCCCGCUCCCACGCCACGAUGGAUAACCGCCCUCAGAACGAUACCCUACUCAGACAUCAUCCUCAGUGGUAGCUGGGACGGACAUGUCCGUGUAUGGAAGCUCACCGAGGACAAGAAGAAGAUUGAGCAGAUUGGUGUCCUGGGCGACUUCGCCGACGACUACGAUAACGACUCAGUUGAAGAUGCUCCUACAGCGAACGGCACAGCAGAGUCACAUCGGCCCAUACCUGGAGUGGUGAAUGACAUUGCCGUGUUUGAACGAGGUGAACGGGGCAAGGAUGGACUUUGUGUCGUUGCUGCUGUGGCACGGGAACACCGCUUUGGAAGGUGGAAAGUGUUCAAGGAUGGUGUGCGUAAUGGCGGCGUGGUAUUUGAGGUGUCGAGGAUACCUACCGCGGAAGUGAAUGGGAACCAUGAGGAUGCGGAAUCGGUUUCUGAUGACGACGAGUGA